AUGGAGGAGAAGCUAACUGAUUUCGAGAGCCGUUCGAGAAGAGAAAACAUUCGAGUAUAUGGGGUACCAGAGAUGUCAGAGCGAGACUCUUCUUCAGUGAGUGCAUUUAUCGAGAACAUUUUACGCGAAGGGCUGAAACUGGGAGAUUCAGAGAUGAAUAUAGAACGAGCACACCGCUCUUUGGGCCCUCUGCCACCCAACGAGGCCCCGCCACGCUCUAUCCUAGUUAAAUUCCUGAGCUUCAAGACCAAGGAACAGAUCCUACACAAAGCAUGGCAGCAAAAAGGCUUUACAUGGAGCGGUAAAUUGAUUUCACUGGACAAUGACUACUCCCUUGCUAUUCUCAAGAAAAGAAAAGAAUAUGCGGAGAUUCGCAACGUCUUGAAAGCCAACCAAAUCAAAUUCCAGACAGUCUUCCUCGCCAAGCUGAAGGUUAAGUAUACCGAGGGUGAUAGGCUUUACAACACGGUGGUGGAAGUAAGUGAGGAUAUGUUUAAAAGAGGUCUCCCCGUGGAGGUCAUCAAAACACCGGAGUCAAUCUUGGAGCAAGUGAAGCAGCUGACCUGGAACAGAGCGACCCGAGGGACUGGCCGCAGAACAACGCAAGCCGGACCGCCAGAUCCAAGCUAUAAAGUGAAGCUGAGAGCCUUUAAGAGGAUGGAGGCAGAUGCUACGGAUGAAUGA